GGGAAUCUGACAUUUUCUCGUAUCCAAAUCGGAGACGUUAGAAUCGCUAUGGAUGAGACAUAUUUUGAUCUAUUGAAUUUCUUGAAGAAUCCCUCUUUUACAGAGACAUUUGUCGACAUCUUACUAUGUGCAGUUCCGAUUUGGCUCGCCGUCAUGAUCGGGUUAUUAAUCGGAUGGUCUUGGCGUCCUAGAUGGACCGGUUUGAUCUAUUUAGGGUUUCGUUCUAAGCUUCGGUUUCUAUGGACUGCACCUCCUGGAUUUGGUGCUCGUAGGCUUUGGCUUGCUUUCACCGCUCUCUCUGCUUUCUCCGUUUGUCGCACCAUCUGGUCAAGGAACGAUACCAGAGCUAAUAAAUCGUCGACCGGUUCAGCUCCUGUGGAAGAGAGUGAUGAAUCAGGAUUAGUCUCAAGAGGUAGCGAUAACGCGAUGGUGACAGAGGAUAUUGUGACAGAGAAUGAUUUAGAGCAUCUGCUUCAGUUGCUUGAAGUUGGGAAUGCAGCUAUGGAAUGGCAAUCUAUGAUGGAUAAGACUACUCCAAAUAUGAGCUAUCAGGCUUGGCGUCAUGAGCCUGAGACAGGUCCUGUUAUUUAUCGCAGUCGAACUGUGUUUGAGGAUGCAACUCCAGAUAUUGUUAGGGAUUUCUUCUGGGAUGAUGAGUUUCGACCUAAAUGGGAUUUUAUGCUUGCCAACUUCAAAACCUUGGAGGAGGACACUCAGACAGGAACAAUGAUUGUUCAGUGGAGAAAAAAGUUUCCAUUUUUCUGCAGCGACCGAGAGUAUAUCAUUGGCCGGAGAAUAUGGGAGUCUGGAAAGAAGUAUUACUGUGUGACAAAGGGAGUUCCUUAUCCAGCUCUACCAAAGCGUGAUAAGCCGAGGCGUGUUGAGCUUUAUUUCUCAAGUUGGGUUAUCAGAGCAGUUGAAUCCCGAAAAGGCGAUGGACUAACAGCUUGUGAAGUAUCCUUAGUCCACUACGAAGACAUGGGAAUCCCAAAAGACGUAGCAAAGUUAGGUGUCCGUCAUGGCAUGUGGGGAGCUGUCAAGAAGCUAAACUCCGGUUUACGAGCAUACCAAUUCGCCAGAAAAUCAGACUCAUCUCUAUCCCGGAUCGCCCAAAUGGCAAGAAUCACUACAAAACUGAACAUGGAUUCUGCAGAAUCAUCUUCAAGAGAUGAAGACAGAAGCAGAGCAAUGGACUAUGCAAGGAGACAACGCGACCAUUUGAGAAUGGACUGGAAAUGGGUUGUUGUAGGAGGUGUCGCAUUGGCUUGUGGUCUUCACACUGGGAUCAUUGGUAAGGCUUUACUGGCUGGAGCUGGCCAGAGACUGGCUCGUAGGUGAAAAAACCUUGUCGUAUUCUUUUUAUAUCUUCCCUUGACAGAAAAGAGAAACAUAUACCUAUAACUAAGGGAAAUGUAUUCUUCUUGCAACUCCUAUGAGAAGGGCAUGUGGUUUUGAC